UCUGUCGUGUGAUGAAAUCGGCGCGCGCGCGACGUACCCCCGACGUAUCACCGAUGACGGGGUACGACGGGGUGCGAGGACGAGCACCGACCCGGGACCGUGGUCAUCACGCCGACGAUGACGACGACGACGACGAUGACGGUGCUAGCUUGCUGCUGCUGCCUUCUCCUUCCUGUACCAAUCUCGGCGCGCGCAUUUCGUACUCUCUGGAUCUGCCCAUUCAUGCCGCUCCCGUCUGCCUAGCUGCCGAGGACAUUGGUCCUGUCCUCGUGCGAAAAGGGGAACAUUUCGGUGCACCGGCGGGUGCAGCUUUAGGAUUUUAAAGGCGUUUCAACUUGUUUAC